AUGACACAGGGACCAUCCCGCCUGUGGGCGGCAGUAUCGGCCAUGACCGCGCUCGAUGGCGCAGCCAAUCGUAUGUUAGCAUCAACCAGCCCUAUGCGCCUCGGCCAGACUGACCCGAGCAGCUCGGUUCUGGGUGGCUUCCUAAAUGCCUUGAUGUUAUCUGCUGCACAGCGGUUCGCCGCAGCCGAGUUCGGGCCCGGGCGGUUCCCGGAUCCCGUCCACGCCUUCGUUCAGUUUCUCAAGAUGGUCCCACCAGGCGGGGUCGUCGUCACCUGCGAUGCGCUGCGCGUGUCGUCGCGGCAGUGCGUGGUAAAGGUCGAACUAGCCGGCUCGGUCGAGGCAUCCGCCGCUACUGCAACAGUCGGGAUCAUUACCCUCGGUGACAUCUCGAAAGAAGCCGGGCUCUCACAGCCCUCUCAAUCGGCGGUUUGCACUCCGCCAGCACCGCCGAACCGGGAGACUGAAUGCGUCACGAUCGAUGACCCUGUCGUUGACGCGACGCCUGUAACAUCCAAGUUGAACUGGGUGGCACCGCGCUCCCCAGACGGUCUUUGGGGCCAUCGUCUGGGCGGCCACCACCGCGAGGUGUGGGUGUCAUUCCGCGAUGGGUCUUCUAUCGACGAUAUGUAUCAUUUAGCGUUGUUGUCGGAUAUGCCGCUGCAGCCGCCCGCAACGCAUCAAGCAGGUUUCUACCUUCGGUACGCACUCUCGACCCUGUGCUUGACGGUCGAGUUUAAGAAACGACCGGACCCGUCCACUCGAUGGGUCAUGAUCCGGUCCAAUUCGCACCAGGUUAGCAACGGCCGGUAUGAUGUGAACAUUCAGAUCCUCGAUGAGGGUGGGGAUCUCUUGGCGUUGAGCAACCAUGUACUAUAUAUUUCCGAGCUGCGGCCGCGGUCGAAGGCGAAAAUGUAG